CAUUAUUUGCCGACAUGUCCUUGGUGGCACAUCGAAGAAAACCUGAGCUGGUGCUUCCGGCACGAGCAACGCCGCGGGAGACUCUGGCUCUCUCCGACAUUGACGACCACAGAGACCUGCGGUACCUGCAGCCCGCCGUCGAGUUCUUCCGUAUCGUAGAUGGCCACGGGCGGCCUACCAAGGCAGUUUUCAGGGCUGCUCUGGCGGAGGCGCUGGUGCACUACUACCCGCUUGCAGGCCGUCUCCGGGAGGCUCCCGGGGGCAGGCUAGUCGUGGAGUGCACCGGGGAAGGCGUGGUGUUCGUGGAGGCGGAGGCGGAUGUGUCCUUGGAUGAGCUCGGCGAGCCGCCGCUGCCAGCAUGCACGUUCGUGGAACAACUGCUGUGCGACGUGGGCGACGCUAGGGUUGUCAUCGGAGUUCCCUUGUUCUUCAUGCAGGUAGCCUUCAACUGUAGAGUUCACGUUGCCCCUAUUGUUUCUCAAUUCCUAAGACGUGAAUGAUAUAAAUAGAUUGCGCGGAAGCUAUAUGUGUAAUGUUUUUACAGGAGCUCACCGUGAGAAUUGUGUGACUACGCUAGCAUUUUGAUGGGGAGAAAAAAGUUACUAUGCUUCCCUUGUUUUAAAGCCAUCGCUUUACAUUAUUAUUAAUUAACGUUUCCUAUUUCUCGGUAAAUGUGAGUAGGUAACCCAACUCAGAUGCGGGGGAUUUGUGAUUGGUCUUCACAUAUGCCACAAUAUCGCGGACGGCUACGGCAGCACCCAAUU